AUGGCCCGUACUCGCACCACCACAGCUCCCGGCCACGAAGGCGGCAUCAUGUCUCGCCUUCGCCGUCGCAACAACAACGCGAAAGUCACGACCAGUGAGCACACGAACCCCAUUACUGGUGCCCACACCCGAACCAAGAAGACAACUACCCACCCAAAUGGUCUCGGUCACCACGGCCAUGGCGGACGAGGACCAAUGGCUACCUCAAACCACACCCACGCCACUCAUCGCACGGCCAACACCCGUACCACAGGCACUACAGCUGCGCCUCUGCAACACCACCACCGAAAACCUAGUAUGGGUGACAAGGUCAGUGGUGCUAUGAUGAAGCUUAAGGGUAGCUUGACAGGGAAGACUGGUGUUAAAGCAGCUGGCACUCGCCGCAUGCACGGCACCGACGGCAAGGGCAGCCACCGCGUGUAUUAG